AGCGGAGACCCGAGUCGUCGUGCACGGUGCACUCACACACUCUACGUCUCUACCGUUUCUCUCUCUAAAAACGUGAGUAGAAGAGAGAGAGAGAGAGAGAGAGCAGAGGAGGAGAAGGAGAACAAUGGCGGAGACGAAGACGGUGCACUCGGCCCUCGUGACCUACACCUCCAUGAUCUCUCUCCUCACCCUUUGCCCCCCCUUCGUCAUCCUCUUAUGGUACACGAUGGUCCAUGCUGAUGGUUCCGUGCUGAAAACUUAUGAGUAUCUCAAGCAAAAUGGACUAGAGGGUCUCAAAAAUAUCUGGCCAAUGCCAACCCCAACUGCAUGGAAGAUCAUUGCUUGUUUUGGUGCAUUUGAAGCUUUUCUUCAGCUUGUGCUUCCCGGCAAAAGGUUCGAAGGUCCAGUUUCUCCGAAUGGAAAUGUACCUAUUUACAAGGCAAAUGGAUUGCAAGCAUAUGCUGUGACGCUAAUCACCUAUUUAAGUCUUUGGUGGUUUGGGAUAUUUAACCCUGCAAUUGUAUAUGACCAUUUGGGGGAGAUCUAUUCGGCACUUGUUGUGGGCAGUUUUGUCUUCUGCAUUUUCUUGUACAUAAAAGGUCACUUGGCACCAUCCUCGUCUGAUUCUGGGUCGUCUGGGAAUGUGAUUAUUGAUUUCUAUUGGGGAAUGGAACUCUAUCCUCGAAUUGGUAAACAUUUCGACAUUAAGGUUUUCACAAACUGCCGAUUUGGCAUGAUGUCAUGGGCUGUUCUUGCUGUAACCUAUUGCAUCAAGCAGUAUGAGUUGUACGGCAAAGUGUCUGAUUCUAUGCUCGUGAACACUGCAUUAAUGCUGGUCUAUAUCACAAAGUUCUUCUUGUGGGAGUCGGGAUACUGGUGCACUAUGGACAUUGCCCAUGAUAGAGCUGGUUUCUAUAUAUGCUGGGGGUGCUUGGUUUGGGUCCCAUCAAUCUAUACUUCUCCUGGAAUGUACCUUGUUAACCACCCAGUGAAUCUGGGUACCCAGCUUGCACUGUCUAUUCUAAUUGCUGGACUUCUCUGCAUAUAUAUUAACUACGACUGCGAUAGGCAACGCCAAGAGUUCCGUAGAACAAAUGGGAAGUGCACAAUUUGGGGCAAAGCUCCAUCGAAGAUUGUUGCCCAAUAUCGUACCACAAAAGGAGAAACCAAAAACAGCCUUCUCUUAACCUCUGGCUGGUGGGGUUUAUCUCGUCACUUCCACUAUGUACCGGAGAUAUUAGCUGCAUUUUUCUGGACAGUGCCGGCACUCUUCAACCAUUUCCUGCCUUACUUUUAUGUGGUGUUCCUCACUAUUCUCCUCUUCGACCGGGCGAAAAGGGACGAUGAUCGGUGCUCGUCCAAGUAUGGAAAAUAUUGGAAGAUGUACUGUGACAAAGUCCCUUACAGGAUUAUACCUGGGAUCUACUGAGAGUUUCGGGUUAGUACAAUUGACUACCGCUAUGUCAACUAUUUGCUGCUAAUCCCACUGCCACGAAACUGGGUUUUGUAGCACAAUUCAGCAUGUAGUUUAUCUUAUGAUGUUUCCGGUAUGAUCUUUGCUUGAAUUUUGGUGUAACAUUGCAUCUGUGUUAUGGAAAAAUUUACGACAUUUUAUACUUCUGA